AUGGGAGGUUGCAAUUUCAAAAGCGACGCUUCUGCAGUCGGCAAUAUCAGUAUUGGAGACUUCAAGCUUAAGCACAGGAUUGGAAAAGGAGGCUUUGGGGAGGUCUGGAAGUGCAUCCGUAAAGGAACGAAGAAGGAAUUCGCCUUAAAGCAGAUGAAUAAAGCUAAAAUUGUAAAGAAACUUUCAGUCGAUUCUACUCUGAAUGAGAGGGAGCUGCUGGCGCAGCUCAAACACCCAUUCAUAAUAAAUAUGCACUAUGCGUUUCAAGACAAGGUUCAUCUUUAUAUUGUAACUGACUUGAUCGAAGGAGGUGAUCUAAGAUACCAUAUGAGGAGAAGGAAGACAUUUACAGAAACAGAGUCGAAGUUCCUCAUCGCUUGUGUAAUCGCUGGGCUGGAGUAUAUGCAUGAUAAUGGAGUCCUACAUAGAGAUAUAAAGCCUGAAAAUCUCCUUAUGGGCAAAGAUGGCUACAUUCGGAUCACUGAUAUGGGCAUUUCUAGAAUGAGAUCGAAGGAUAAUGCAGCUGACACCAGUGGAACUCCAGGAUAUAUGGCUCCAGAAAUUAUGUGUCGGCAAAACCAUGAUGUAGCUGCUGAUUAUUACGCGCUUGGAAUUAUUGCCUAUGAGCUGAUGAUUGGUAAAAGGCCCUACACUGGUAAAGACAGAAAAGAGAUCAGAGAUAACGUCCUAAAAGAUCAAGCUAGCAUCAAGAAAGCAAUGAUACCUGAAGGAUGGAGUAUCGAAGCAGCUGAUUUCAUAAACAAAUUAAUCCAGAGGAAGCCUGCUAAUAGGAUCGGACUGAAUGGCUCAGAGGAAUUAAAACAGCACAUUUGGCUAAAAGGUUUUGACUGGGAUGGGCUGCUGGAAAAAUAGCAUGGAGCCAGCAUUCUACCCUGAAUCUCGUACUCCUUAUAAACCGAGAAUAUUAACAACGGAGCAAGAAGAAAAACUAGAAAAGGAAAAUGAAGAAUAUUAUCAAAUGUGCUGAAAAGAAUCAAUCCAGAAGAUAUUUGAAGAUUAUAUUUUUGAUAUAGAACAGCUCAAAUUUCAGAAAUUGCAAGAAAUUAGACAGAAGGAAUAUCUUCUAAGGGUCGGGAAACUAGAAGAAGACCAGAACAUAAUGACCCAAAAUUUUAUUUGUGAAACUCAGAACUCAAAUUACCUUCAUAUGUAA